AUGUCUAGCUCCGUCAAGAGAGAUGGAAACCCCACCCGGUCAUCCAGCCCCAAGAGCUUGAAACGGGCAAUCAGGGAAGCCUCGCGAAUGGCAGCUAUGUUCAGCGAGCCACCCCGCAACAAGGAAGACGACGGCGUAGUCUUGUUACUUCCCGUCUAUGAAGAAUCACCACCCAACUUGUCUAUCACUCGGAAGAAAAGAAAAGUUGAGCCCCAAAUUGACAACAAGGAAGAAGAAGACGAGGUAUUGUGGUUGUCCGAUAAUGAAAAACUAGAAUUCACCUGAUCGACCCUUGUCAAGGAAGAACAAGUUGAGAUGGUUGAUCUCGAUCUUCCCACGGAAGCCCAAACUGAAUCCAACCGCAGACCCGUCAAUGAGUUGAAUCAAGACCUCUUUGAAGAGCCGCUCAACAAUAGAACACCGAAGGAGAACCUCGCAGGAGCAUCCCACGUCAUGGAAUUGGAAGAUGCACGACCACGCAAGAGGAUCGCUAUUCAAGACAAACCAGCCGAGAUCACCUUCAACAAUCUCAUGGCCGAUAUUCGCGCCAAGCGAUUCGAGCCACUCCUUCAUAGAGAAGAUGUGAGUACAUGCAUUCAAAUUUGGCCAAUUAGGAAACAGAUUUCUGACCAGACCCAUAGGUGAAGUUGGACAAGGAGCUGUUGAAUGCGGCGGUCGCGCAAAGAACUCCGAUGAUGCUUGCUGCCCGCGGAUUUUUAAAUGAAUUCAGCGUUCAUUAUAACAAUACGGAGCUUUUUCGACAUCUUCCUGAUUACCCCAUCCUUAACCUUUUCGAGAUUGUCUUUGACAUAGCCAAGCUCUACAUAGCCAAGAACAACGAAUUGGAUGUGGUUUACACGGUCGAAGAAUACCUUCCUGAAGACAUUCCAAGUCGCCGGAACUCCAUACAUGGGGACCUUAACGAUGAGGAGAUCCGACAGACAUUGAGGAAAGACUUGGGUGUAUACGCCGAUGACUGUAGAAACAAGUCAUCGGAAUGCCUUCGACAACAUAUGACUGUUGUUCAACGAAGAAUCAACAAUAAAUACCGUGGUGGUGGAGUCAUCGAUCUUGCUUCCUUGAAUACAGAACAAAUCCGAAGCUUGUAUGGACUCAUCUUCGACAUGCAUCCGGUGUGGAUCAUGACUCGCUUCAAGGCAGAGGAAUCCAAAGUCAUCGAUUUUGCUUCCAUGUAUGUUUAGUACAUAUCACAAUCGAUUUCUUAGAUUUUGCUGACCACAUUCUCUUUUUAGCUGGGCCUACGAAUGCGAGGAUCGUCUCAGAUGGCGACGUUUCUACAGAAAUAUGUACAUCGACAUGAUGACGCAUACCUGGAUUCUGCGUGUUAAGAAUGGAGACCACAAAUUCAUUGUAGCUGGAUACUGGACGAGUUGGUCUUCCCAGCAGAAGGUGCAAUAUUGGUAUAUGAGUAAUGAAUGGGGCUUGCCCAUUCACCACAAGCUUGUGGAUUUUGGAGCGUACUACAAAGGUGAUCCAGAGGAGGGAAUUGGUGAAUUCGUCACGCCAAACUGA